GCGACAGAAUGGCGACGGGCUUAGUAGUUGACAUUUCACAGCCGUGUGUAGAAGUACAGUAGUUUAGAAGUUUCACCCCAAGUAGUAACGCAACAGUACUCAGAAUUCCACACGCUCUACUUACUUAUGUUCCUGUUUCUCUUUUGAAUAUCUUCAAAUGCACAGCGCGCAGCGAAAGUUCACUCAAGGGAAAAAUGCGACUCAUAUAAAGAAAAUGCACCUGUCCCGCACCACGACCGCCCCCAGCGAGAGUCACAGCUCCCUGCUCUACUCCGAUCGAUUCCACCCACGAUCACCAUUUGAUCGUAGCAAUAAUCGAGCCCAGCCCUGACCGAACGACGACGGCAGACCCGCGGAGCGUCUACAACUUUUGUGGGCCAAGCAACGAAGUACUACGAGAGAACUAGUUGCGUUCCUUGUUUGUAGCAACAAGACAACUUCUUCUCCCCCGCCGCCCAACAUGGAGUCCGUCUCCGGUCGUUUCACCGACCGGUUCCAGAGGGCGAUCGACAAGCUGCUGAAGGACAAAAACCUCGACCAAACGUUGAAGCAUCUGUUGCGGGACACGAUUUUGAAAGAAGUGUUGAAUAAAAAUCCAAAGUACGACUCCGCGGUGACUUUCUGGGAGGAUUUGGACAAAUUCUUCGCAAACGCGUUGAAAACCCACGCGAAGGAUGCGGAAAGCUACCGGAAGUUGCAGCACGUGAAGGACAACGUGCUGGAGAAUCUGCAGGUAAGUAAAAAAAUAGAGCUUGGUGGUCGCUCCUCGCUAGUUAUGUGAUUGAUGCACUGCAAGUAGUUCUCUCGUCCUGCAUUUGCGUACUUACAUAAGUUUGAUGUUCUAUAAGCAUCACAACACAACUCUAUGAUGCACUUCCAGCAAUACAAACACCACAUUUACUACAUCAGGUCAAAUUCUUCACGGGCGAGACCCUACAAAACCUGCAAGAGCAGUCGGGGGAGAUGCGCGCGGAGAUCAUCGAAGCGUGGAUAGAAGACGGUUUGGAUGACGGGGGCUUGCAGUCCGGCGUGAAAGUUCUAGCGAACGUGUUGUCAAACGAAAAUGUGAAGGACAACAUGAAUCGCGAGCAGGUACAGCAGGUGAUAAAAGCACUGGAGGCACACGCGGAUAAAUUUCCCACUGGGGUGGCAGGUAUUAUAGACCAUUUACUUUCUACUUGUCGAAAGUUGUACAACUCGUUUGCAGCACCAAUAGAUACUAACAAAAGACAUAGUCCUCGUGCUCUUCACGUUCAUUCUUCUCUACUACGAGACCCCUUGUGUGCUACCAGUGAAAAAUGAAAAAAAAAUCAGGCAUCAUCCAUACCUUCGCGGGCUCGUCCACAAAGCUGGACGAUGACGACGAGCAGGAAGACAGCGAGGGCCCCCGGGACAACGAGGACAGAAACGACCAGAGUGUAGUUGCCUCUGGUAUGAAAAACGGGUCUACUGCUGCGUCAAAUGCGAAAGGCGCGAAGGGAGGAAUGAUACCUGGGAAGAAAGGUGCGGUAGGGGAUCCUAAGGGUAUGAAAUCCGCCGGUGCGCAGCUCCCGAAUGCCGCAGGGAUAGUGACAGGGAAGGGCGGAGGUAUCAACUGUUUAUUUUUACCGAUUCAUGUUUAAGUUUAUUGGCACUUGAAGUAGAGUUUUUACUUUUAGCAUGAAGUACGUGUGAUCUUUGGUGCGCGUAGUUAUGCAGCAUUAUGCGUGUUAUGCACGAUGCGUUCGUGGUUAGUAUUGUUAUUGUGGUUUAUCCAUCAUGAGGAGAUCCUAAAGAUAAAGAUAAACAAAUGCAAAUCACAGGCUCCCAUCCCCAAGCAAUACCUGUCCCCGGGCAGCCACCAGGACCUCUGAAUCCAGGUCAGCAAGGCUUCGGAAGUCAGCAACAAGGGUUCAACAUGCAGAACGGCGCAGCACAAAGCAACCAGCAGCCUAGAGGGUCCCCACGGGAACCCGACAAGCCCCUUUCCGCGGAAGAAAUCGCAAGGCAAAACCUCCUUCAACUCAGACGAGACGGCGGCCAAGUGAUAAAGUCCGGCGACGACCAAUUUCUGCAAAAAAUCAAGAAGCAGCAGUCCGCGCUGCAGCAAAAUCUUUGGGGCGCGCAGGUGAUUUCCUACCAAAAAGCGGAAGAACAGGAGCAGAAGGAGAAGGAAGAGGGGAAAACUACCGCGCCACGAUAUCAACUGCAAAAGUGUCUGGGUCUGGAAACUUGUGAUGCUAAAAUGUGCAUGAUGGAAACGCUUCCGAAUGCAGACCAGCAUGACAACUUUCCGGAGCACUUUCUCAUGGGCAGCCCGCAUGAGAAACUGCGUCUUUGCAUGACAAAAAUGGCUGUCGCGUUUGUCGGUUAUGCAAUACAGAUUUCCCAGGAAUGUAAAGCUAGCAUUACAAGUUCCAACUUUCCAGACCCAGACAUAUUUGCAUUUCAUACACGACCGACGAUCACCAUCCCGGGAAUAACGAAGAACGCAACCGCGAAGGUCCAACUGAGGAAGCUGAAAAACAACGGGGCCAUGAAAGCAAUCACGCUAGACGCGUCGAAAGUGCAGAAGAAUGAUUUGGUGAAGUGUAAGAAAAUUUUACACGCAAAGCUGGAGGAGAAUCAGGGCAUGACGAAGGCGGAAGAGCUGUCGGAGUUAUUCCGGACGAAAGCGCUGAACAUCGGGACGGUGAACACGGACUGCAAAACGAUAAUACCGGUGCUGGACCCGAACUUGGUGAUGUACGCACCCACGACCGUGUUUCUCUCCGCCCCGGAAUACCUGCCGUAUUUGGAAGUUUUGUUUGUCAUGCGUAUUUUUAUUAAGGGUGCUUGACGGAACAAAUUUGUAAGUAACUACUUAUGUGCAGGAACAACGCACUCGAAUUUUUCGUAGCAUGAAAAAUCUAUCCCAAAAAUAAAAUCUAUCAGGCAUCUCCGCUCCUCACAACAAGCCGCGAUCCGGAAAGUUCCGGUUGAUGUCAUCCGCGAAAUUGAGGAGGCGUUGAGAACUUUUUUGAAGCAGAAGGAGGAAGACGAUAAAGCUGACAUGGAACAUCAAAACGGGCAUCAGGCUCAGCAUGACAACUCGACUCAACCAUUUUCCUUCCCGGGCAUAGAAAUUUCGAUCCUGAAGGAGAAACUUGACUGGCGCGACGACUAUCCCACAGAAACAAGAUGGCAGGUCACAUUUGUAAUGCAAAAAUAAACACACAAGAAAAUCUGUAUUGCGUAUCCCAAACAGCAUGCUAGGAGGCCGCCCAUGACAGAUUUUUCUGUGUAUUUGUUUUUGCAUUACAAAUACGCCCUGCCAGCUUUUUUCUGUGGGAUAACGACAGCAUGCGGACCAAGAUGUUCGGGAAACUAGAAGAAGCGCUGUCGAAUAACCGAAUACCGCAAAUUAUCAACGGUAAAAAUGUCUGGGUCUGGAAGAUUGCGAGAUUUGUCAUGCAUAUUUCGGAUCACGCAAAUGGCGUCUGAUGCAGGCAAAAGCAUCACAGGUUUUGAGCACGCCUCAUGAUGCCUCUCCUGCAUGAGAAACUUCCUUCUUGCGUGCCAAGAAAUGGACAGCUUUUGGCGCUCAUGCAUCACAAAUUUUUGUGUGUUCCAGAGUUUGCAUCACAAGUUCCAACCCUUCCAGACCCAGACAUUUUUACAUUUGAUACAAAUUUUCUACCAGCCCAACACGGUGUUUCUCAAGGACACGCUCAGGCCCAUGAUUUGCCACUCGUUUGCGGAUUCGCAAAAACCCGUCGCGGUUUUCUUGAACGAGCAGCGCGGCGGUUCGAGUAGUUCCACUGCGCCGAGAAACAAUACUUCUAGCGACAAUGCGAAUAUUAAAUCAGGAACAUCAAAUAUCGUGAAGAAAGGAACCGGCUACAACGACGUCCCAGACAGGGCGGAGGGCCAGUCCGGACCGAUAAGAAAUGGCACGACGAAAAGAUUAUCCACCGCGGACGACGACAAGAAAGCCGCGCAAGAAGGGACGAGAAAUGCGAUUACCGCGGAAAUCGACCCCGCUGCGCACUUCGACUUCGUCGCCGGGAAAAAUUUGGACGGGAAAUUGCAGGUCCAGCAGCUCUCGUUGAAUCUCUAUUCGGAAGCGAGCAAGAACGCACACUUACAGCCGUUAUUCUUCGUGCCCUGCUUCGAGGAGCUGUGUUUGCUGAUCUUACGGAAGAUCAAGGAGCCGUUCAACAAGGGGAAGCUGUUCGACAGACUGGUGUUGCCUUUGAUUCUCCAAUGCAAGUACCGGGUGUCCGACGUCAAUUACGCGUUGCAGAAAGAGAUCUUCUGGUCUUACGACGGCCCCUGCGAGAUAUUGUUCAGAACCUUUGAGGGCCAGCAGCAGCACCCGGAUCCCAUGCCGGAGUCCGCUUUACCGGCGUAUCUGAGUCAGCAGAUCCUCCGGGAAAUCAAACAAUCCGGGGCCAGUAUCAAGGUGUCCAUGAUCACCCAGAAGUUAAAUUGGAACCGGAAAUCGGAAUUGAACAAGGCCCACGGCAUGUUCAAGAACGUCUUGCAGAAAAUGCAGCCGGUCUUCUACGACCCGUAUAGAUUAUACCUCAAAUCGACGAUAGACCCCCUCGUGGAGUGGCCCUCUUCCCGCGCGGGGAGACUCUUCGUGCCCAACUCGACCGUUAACGAACGGGAAAACGGGUGCAAGGAACAGAUUUUGGAUAUGGGAUUCUCAAUUGUUACACUCUCAGCUGUUACUUGAUUUUGUGAUGCAAGAAUGGCAACAGGGAAAGGCCGGAUCUUGCAACCCUUGCAUUACAAAUUCGGCACAGAUUCCCAUGUUGUUUAGCCCUUCCAAAAUUCGUCAUGCGCAGUAGCUUCACCAUGGGGACGCUGAUGUUCAUUUUGCAUGACAAAUCAUGUAACAGUUGAGAGUGUAACACUUGAGAGCGCCAUAUUGGAAUACAGCAAACGAGCGGAACAUUCUGGCGACAUGUCAAGUGAGAUCGUUUUGAAGCGGCAGAUCAUCGGGUGGGUUAUGGCGCGGGGUGGGAAAGUUUUCAAACAGGAGUUGGAGGAGUUCUUACAGAGAAUAAACGUCCCGGAUUUGCAAACCGCGUUUUCCCCCCCGUACGACCUGCAGAAGCUACUGAUCAACAUGGAAAGCCGGUGUUUUUUGCGAAGGAAAGAAACGAAAGUUUUCGUGGAUAACACGAAGUUCCAAAAUCUGGUGAAAACGGACCAAGAGGUGCAAAAUUUAUUGUCUUCCGACAGCAACAGCGACAACGAGCAGCAAAAGGCGAUCACGGCGGGGAAAAUUUCGAAGGAGGUGAAAGUUGGUAUUUUGGAGAUCUUGCAGGAAAACGGGGGGACGUUGACGAUAGAGGAGUUGUUGGAGAAAACGGUGGAGAAAAACAUUUUAGAAAAACAAUUAACCACCGAAAUGAUCGCGUUCACUCUAGAGCGGAUGGAGGAAGUGCUGUACAAACCCGGAAUCGUGUAUUUACAGGCGGCACUCGACUCAGUGGUCGAAGACUACCCGGGGUUUACCUGCAAACACCUCCAUUGGGGGUCGCCGGCGGUUGUAAGUUCGUCUGCUGAAGCAGGAACGGCAGGCACUGCAAAUAAAGUCGUGGCUUCAGGAGCACCAGAGCCUUCUUCUGGUGCAACUACAACUGCCGGACAGCAGCAGCAGCAGAAUGCGUCCUUGAAACGCCGGUCGGGUGAAGAGAACGAAGAAACCCAUGCAGGCGCAGCUAAGCAAGCGAAGAAAACUACUACCGAAGGAGAGAAGGAAAAUUCAGAGGAUCUUGGCCUGGGGAUCCAAAUCCGCAUUGUUGGGACGACAACUGCGACGAUGCCGGGGAGUGUCGUGCGGAAGCCACAAAUGCAGCAACAAAGAUUAUCAACAUCAGCGGUCGCACCACCAUCGUCCUCCUCGAGAAAAAACCUCCCCGCCGGGUUGCCCGAGUGGGUGCGGGAGGGGUCUUUAGUGACCUACCAAGAAAGAGAACACGACGAGGUUGGGGAUCAGCAUCAAUCUUCGGCUAACAAACAGCGGUUCCCCGCAGUGAUAAUAGACACACAAGUUGCAGCCGACAAUGCUGAUGAAAAUAACGGAGUGUCAGCAGUACAACAAACCGCUUUGUUGACCUCGUCUGAUGCGUCGUUCCGUGUCAGAAUACGCUUGCUGCAACAUGACCAGGACAAUAACAAUAGUCCCCUGACAUCAGAAAAGACCUGUGCGGUUUCCGAGCUCCUUCCCCAAAUCCCCCAGAAAAACGACAAAGUUUUGAUCGUUUCGGGCCAGAACCGGCACCAGAUUGGCACGUUGAUCUCCUUUAUGCAUUGCAAAUAUGUCUGGGUCUGGGAGAUUGCGAGAUUUGUCAUGCUUGUCUGGCAUGACUCUGAACUCUGUGUUGCAUGGCCGCGAAGAGCUCCUCCUCCGUGUCAUGCAAAAACGCAGUUUCUCAUGCGGAGUACGCAACUCAGACUCAUGGAAAAAACUUGUCAUGCUUGGCAGCGCAUUAUAGUGAGUUCACUACUCCCUUUCCUGCAUCACAAGUUUCCAGACCCAGACACUUUUGCAUUUGAUCUCCUUAGAGAGGGGAACGCAGCAGAACGCGACAACGGUGGGGAUCGUGGAGUUGUUAGGAAAGAGGUACGUCACGCUACCAAUACAGCACUUCGUCGCGUACUACAAUUACGCGGAGGGAUGAGCUGCUGCAGUUCCUCUGUUGUAGCGGGGCAGCUGUGAAAUGAUGAGUUUCAAAGCAAGUUGCACUAGUACACACACGACAGGAAGUUUGAAUUUCUGAGACAGUUUUUUUAGUAGUAUUCAAGAUCAUCUGCGGUAGAAGUAGAAGAGCUGCUCAAGAAGCCAGGAGCGGUAGGCACGAGCAUGCUGAAAACAUUCUGGAUCGCAAGACAGAACAUUUCGAAAUCGACAAGCAUAGGACUCGUUCUGGUGGUACAAGGAAUUCGGUGAGUGUAGUGAGCGCUUGCAGCGCACUGCGAUGUCCGACAUUUUCACAAGCGACAAAAGAAAUUUCAGAAGGGCCCGGCUCAACUGGAGCUUCCCCACCUCUAAAUGGCUUGUCUUGUUGACUGCAGGCAAGACACAACAACAACUCUAGC